AUGGACGGCAGCGGGCCCUUCAGCUGCCCCAUCUGCCUGGAGCCGCUCCGAGAGCCGGUGACACUGCCCUGCGGACACAACUUCUGCCUGGCCUGUCUGGGCGCGCUCUGGCCGCACCGCGGCGCCGGGGGCACAGGCGGGUCCGGGGGCACGGCGCGCUGCCCGCUGUGCCAGGAGCCCUUCCCCGACGGCCUGCAGCUUCGCAAGAACCACACGCUGUCGGAGCUGCUGCAGCUCCGCCAGGGCUCGGGGCCCAGCAAGGGUCCGGGCCCUGAGCCCUCGGCGCCCAAUACGCCGGAGCCCUCGGCCCCGUGCGCUCCGGAGCCAUGGCCCGCCGCCCCGGAGCCCGUGCCCUGCGACGCCUGCCCCGAGGGCGCCGCCCUGCCGGCCGCGCUCUCCUGCCUCUCCUGCCUCGCCUCCUUCUGCCCCGCGCACCUGGGCCCGCACGAGCGCAGCCCCGCGCUGCGCGGACACCGCCUGGUGCCGCCGCUGCGCCGGCUGGAGGAGAGCCUGUGCCCGCGUCACCUGCGGCCGCUGGAGCACUACUGCCGCGCCGAGCGCGUGUGCCUGUGCCAGGCCUGCGCCGCCCAGGAGCACCGCGGCCACGAGCUCGUGCCGCUGGAGCAGGAGCGCGCGCUCCAGGAGGCCGAGCAGCCCAAGGUCCUGAGUGCGGUGGAGGACUGCAUGGAUGAGCUGGGUGCUGGCAUUGCCCAGUCCCGGCGCACCGUAGCCCUCAUCAAGAGCGCGGCUGUGGCAGAGCGGGAGAGGGUGAGCCGGCUGUGCGCAGAGGCUGUGGCCACCCUGCAGAGGUUCCAGGCUGAGGUGUUGGGCUUCAUUGAUGAAGGGGAGGCCGUGAUGCUGGGCCGCUCCCAGGACGACCUGCGUCGGCAGGAGGGACAGCGAAGCCGGCUGAGCAAAGCUCGCCACAACCUCAGCCAGGUCCCUGAGGCCGACUCGGUCAGCUAUCUGCAGGAGCUCCUGGCACUGCGGUUGGCGCUGGAGGAGGGGUGCAGCCCUGGGCCAGGCCCCCCAAAAGAGCUCAGCUUCACCAAGUCGUCCCAGGCCGUCCGGGCAGUGAAGGAGCUGCUGGCCACCGCCUGCACCAGCCAGUGGGAGCAGCUGCGGGGGCUGGAGAGUGACGAGGGCGGCCUGCAGAAGCUCGGGGCUGAAGCUGAGGCUGAUCUCCAGGACCCCGACAGCACCGGCCACCCCGAGAAUGAGGCUCCCCGAGAUUAUUUCCUCAAAUUUGCCUACAUCGUGGACCUGGACAGUGACACAGCGGAUAAAUUCCUCCAGCUGUUUGGGACCAAAGGGGUGAAGAGAGUGCUCUGCCCCAUCAACUACCCCGAGUCGCCCACCCGCUUCACCCACUGUGAGCAGGUGCUGGGCGAGGGCGCCCUGGACCGGGGCACCUACUACUGGGAGGUGGAGAUCAUCGAGGGCUGGGUCAGCGUGGGGGUCAUGGCCGAAGACUUCUCCACCAAAGAGCCCUACGACCGGGGCCGGCUGGGCCGCAACCCCUCCUCCUGCUGCCUGCAGUGGAACGGCCGCCACUUCUCCGUCUGGUUCCACGGGCUGGAGGCCCCCCUACCGCAGCCCUUCUCGCCCACCGUGGGCAUCUGCCUGGAAUACGCCGACCGAGCACUGGCGUUCUACGCCGUGCGCGACGGCAAGAUGAGCCUCCUGCGGAGGCUAAAGGCCUCCAGACCCCGCCGCAGCGGUGCCCCUGCCUCGCCCACUGACCCUUUCCAGAGCCGCCUGGACAGCCACUUCGCUGGGCUGUUCGCCCACAGGCUCAAGCCCGCCUUCUUCCUGGAGAGUGUGGACGCCCAUCUACAGAUCGGGCCCCUCAAGAAGUCCUGCAUAUCCGUGCUGAAGAGACGGUGAUGCAGGGCCUCCUCCCAGCGCCAGAAGCUUCCUCCUCUGGGUCCAGUCACCACCCCCAGCCUUCUUGCCUCUAGAGGCCCCCACCUGUGUGCAUCUGGCCUUCCACAUCUCAGGAAGAGGCUCCUCAGGGCCCUGGGGGAGAGGGCCACAACGGGGACAGGCCUGGGCUCCCCCAACCCGCAGUGUAGAGGGCGCUCAAUAAACGUGUUUGACUGAC